AUGCAACAACGACCAAAAAACAAGCAGUCUUGGGAGUUGGCAAUUGAAAAGUUAGCAAAUGCCACUGUGGAUAGAUUUGAAAAGCUGAAGGCAAAAGUAGACCAGAUGGCCAGUUUCAACAGAAAUUUGGAGGUUCAAUUGGGGCAAAUAUCAAAUGCCAUAAAUUCGAGAGAUCAAGGGGAUGUUGAUAAAAAGAAUAAUGUUGAGAUUAGUGAUGAGAAUGAGCAGAACGAGAUGCCACCCCUAACACCACCUGUUAAGCCUUAUGUGCCUCCUAUCCCUUUUCCUCAAAGGCUUAAACAAAACAAGGUUGACAAACAGUUUGAAAAAUUUCUUGAAGUUUUUAAGCAAUUGCGAAUUAACAUUCCAUUUGCAGAUGCUUUAGCGCAGAUUCCUGCUUAUGUACAAUUUCUAAAAGAAAUUAUGUCAAACAAGAGGAAGCUGGAGGAUUAUAAAACCAUUGCCUUGACUGAAGAAUGCAGUGCUGUGAUUCAAAAGAAGCUGCCACAAAAGCUGAGAGAUCCAGAGAGUUUUUCUAUCCCUUGUACUAUUGGUGAUAUUGAUUUUUCUAAAACUUUGUGUGAUUUAGGUGUAAGUGUUUCAUUGAUGCCUUUAUCUGUGUGCAAGAAACUUGGAUUGAAGGAGAUUCAGCCAACUACCAUUUCUUUAUAG